GUGACACUGCUCCUCUACUCUCACCUACUUCGAUGUCUGGGCAGACCUGCAACGACCUUCACGACACCGGACGUUGGAUUCCGAUCGGUAUGUAAAACUGAGCAGAAAUCCGCACCAUGGAAGGUCGCGCGGUCCACUUGCAGACUAUUUGGAGUAUACAUGUCGCUGCUAUCCGGACGCGUAGUUUGCAUAACAGGCUCUUCGCGCGGCAUCGGACGAGGAUGUGCUAUCGAAUGUGCGAAGCACGGCGCGACCGGCCUGAUCUUGCAUUACUUUGGAGACGCGGAGACGACGGCGGAAAUCCUGUCUUUGUCUCAGGAAAUAUCUACCAAGUACUCUGGUGCAAAAGUCCAGGUCGUUCCAGGCGACAUCGGAGACCCUGUGACGUCGAAGAAUGUCGUAGAGGAGGGCGUCAAAGCUUUUGGACGCAUCGACGUACUCGUCAGCAACGCAGGCAUAUGUCCCUUUUCAGACUUUCUCACCAUGCCUCUUGAUACCUGGCACCGUACACGGCAAGUGAACUUGGAUGGUUCAUUUUAUAUCACUCAAGCCGUUGCGAAUCAGAUGAAAGACCAAGUACCACAGGGUGGCUCCAUCAUCGGAAUCUCGUCGAUUUCAGCCCUCGUAGGAGGCGGACAACAAGUGCACUAUACUCCCACCAAGGCAGGCAUCCUGUCUUUGAUGCAAAGUACCGCAGUGGCCUUGGGGAAGUACAACAUUCGUGCGAACGCUAUCCUCCCCGGCACUAUUGCCACCGAUAUCAAUAAGGAAGAUCUGUCCGAUGUCGUGAAGCGGGAAGGCAUGGUCAAUAGGACCGUUCUCGGAAGACUUGGAAAUCCUGACGACAUUGCCGGACCUGUCGUAUUUCUGGCGAGCGAUCUGGCGAAAUAUGUCACUGGCGCAUCCCUGCUUGUUGACGGUGGGCUAUUUGUGAACCUCCAGUGA